AUGUCUGCGCCCUUGCGCACGCAUCAUCCGCUACCGCCAUCUCAUCAGCAUCCUUCCUCCGCUCCCGCUGGCCAGCAGUCCCAUCCACUCCCGUACCCGACAAGCCUUCCGUCCACUCCCGGGCAUGGUCUUAUGCACCAUCCUGACAUCGACCAUCAAGAUCGCGUUCAAGAGGCUCUUGCUCCCAUGCAUGACCACUAUCACCCUCCGCAGACUCAGCCGCAACAGCUGCCGCCUCACUCACCAGCGCAACCGCGUUACCCUCCAUGUUCCUCAAGAGACUCCUUCAUACAGAGAGAAGGCCCCGAAGACAACCGUGGCCCGGACUCGGCCAGCCAUGGCCUCGACGGCAGCCAUGGCUCUGCAUCGCAUUUCUCCGCACCUCCUCUUCAUCCGAAUGCCUAUUCUUCUGCGCCUCAGCACCAUGUCAACCACAAAUAUACGUCGCAGCCUACCGCGACGUCUUCGAACUGUCAUCACCCUGAGCCUUCAGCAUUCAUGCAGCCUCGCCAAGCAGACGAAAACCAGGGCCAACCUUCCUACAGUACAUCUGCUGGAGGUCAACCGAUGGAUGGCAGCUUGAAAACGCUCUCAAGUGUGGUCCCAGCAAAGAAAAAGAACACUAGAGCUUCCCAGGCUUGCGAAUCGUGUCGUCAACUGAAAGCGAACGGACUCAACUGCGAAUAUUCCGAUCCGCCGCUGAGAUCCACCGACAAAACUCACUCUGAAAUCCUCAAAUGCCUUGCCAUGAUGCAACCUCAGCUAACCACCUUUACUGAACUAGUCGCUCAGAUGAACAAACGCCUCACAAACAUUGAGUCUGCGCUCAAAGCUGAUGCAAAUCUCAAACUGAACCCGGCGGCUAGGGGGAAGCCGACGACGGACGAUCAGCACAAGACAGGGGAUACAUCGUUCACCGAAGAGAAAGUCACCAAGUCCUCAUCGCAAGACGCCGUCGCGGCGGGUCCAGACCAAACGAUCUGGCCCGAGGACGAAGUCGAGACCAAGCCCGGCCCUCCGUCAUCUCUAAGCGAGCCUGCCAUCCCUAUGAACCACAUCACGCCAGCCGGUCUUUUACUGAACUGGCCCUCUAUUCAAGAGUUGACAAAGCAUCACCUUGAACGGGAAGGCGUGGGCUAUGUGGGAGAAUAUCCCAUCAGUCAAGAACGAAAUCGAUGUUUAUUGAUCUCGUACGGGCGUAGCGAGGACAACAGAAUGUCGCGAAAGAAGCGCAAACGCGAACAUGACCAGCAAAGUGUUGACAUGCUUGGCGUCUCUUGCGACUCUCCAUCAGCUUCCACGGCGACCGAAGCGGCGGAUUGGGGUACUGUGGGUUGCUCUAGCCUAUAUGAUCAGGUCGGUCAUCGAAGCGCUAUUCUCGGCCCCGAUGACGAUCCUGACUUUUCCGAGGCCAAGAUAUGGUCAUAUGUCAAGACAUUCGAGGAAAAAAUUCUCAACAUGCAUCCAAUCGUGCAACCUCGGAUACUUCAUCAAUGGGUACGCCAGUUCCUCGAUUCUCUUCCAUUACCAAGAAGUCAAUACAGCAACAAGCUCAGCACGGCUUGGAACGUUAGCAGCUCUAUGGAGUCUACUGGUUCGACGCGCAAGAAGCCAUCCCCGGCGCCGAACAUUACAGAGAUCUCAUCAGCGGCAUCAUCAACCCCCGGGAUAGGUCGACUAGAUCGAACGAUAAAUACGGCGCUCGUCCUGACCGUAUUGGCACUCGGGAAAGUAUGCCAGCAUCGAGACUAUGUGCCUGACGCCCUGUACAUGGUUGAUCCAAUGCUUCAUGGAAACGGAAGAUUUCAUCUCAGUGGUACGCCUCCAUUAUCAAAGAGCUCGUCGCCUGGGGCUGUGUCGCGUUCGCAGUCAUCAAGCUUGGCUUCGCCUUCGAAUCAGGAUCAUCUAUAUCAUAGCCGCCGUUCUUCCCUGGCAGGCAAUACUCGACCGGGACUAUUGGUAAAGAAUUACGAGAACAUUCCUGGCCUGGAAUACUUUGCCUUUGCAACCGACAUCCUGGGCAACCACCAUGAAUCCUACAACAACAUGAAGAACGUGUAUGCCUACAUCUUUGCUGGUCUCUUCCAAGGUCAACUCGGGCGACCUUUGGAGAGCUUAUCAUUCAUACAAAAGGCCAGUCAUAAGCUCCAGGUAAUCAUGAAACCCAGCUUGGAAAAGCUCAAGAGUUUCAAAACCACGCAAGAGUUUAUCAAAGAUACCAAGUGUAAUCAGCUUUCGUUGGCAUUCUGGACCUGCCUGCAAUUGGAAAGUGAUUUACUCGCUGAAUUUCCUCUUCCACCUUCAGGCCUCUUGUGCUAUGAGAACGACAUUCCGCAUCCCAACAUGAGCUUGCUAGAGGGCUUUCUCAAGCCGGUUCUCGACAGUUAUCUCGGCCAGAUUUACCUGCGAACGCACCUCAACAGCAUCCAUCGCAUGCUUUACGCGCCAGAAGACCUGACCAAAGGCGGCCGAGCGGAUAUACCGCUCAAGAACAUCGAUUUUGUCUCUGAUGCGGUUUCCGGAAUGGAAUGGGUCGCACCAAGCUUCGCCUUCAGGGAAGACGAUCCUCCAGCCUCGGACAUUUUAUCCGCAAGACUCCGUGCCAAGUACUGGGGAGCUCAAGUCCUGACGUAUCGGCCUUUCUUGAGGCAGAUUUUACAGCAUUCGUUUGUUGAAAAUCAUUCGACCAAUGAACAACUGCCUUCAGUAAAAUUCCGCGCCGAAUUCGAAGCCCCUCAGUUGCUAGUUUUCGCUCGGAAAGCCAUCAAGGCUCUUAUCGAGAGCACAAGAGCUUUCCAUGGGCUUGGCGAGAAGCGGCCUAUCAUCACCAACGUCUUUGGCACUGCGCACGCGCAAUGGGGCAACUUGCUGGUCUUGUCUGCUGCGUUCAAAGAUCCCAUCAUGGGCAGAUACAUUGAUGAAAAGCUCCUGCGCCACUUGUUUCCAGAGACGAUUCGCUUUUUGCGUUAA